AAUAUGUGAAAAUAAAAUUGGGAUCAGGAUGGCAAAGAUAGGGUUGGUAGCAUAAGCAAUUCUGACAUGGAAAAUAUAUCUUCUACAAAACAAAGCAAUGGUUUUAACCAAAAAGAAAACUUCAAAAGCAAACCAGUUCUCUAAUGAACUACAUUCUGCAAAAGAAUAUGAUGCCUGUUUUCCCCAACAAAGACUUCAGCGUGCUGUUGCAGUUCAGGCAUGUGUUCAAGCAGAUGGGAGCAAAAAUAGAUGUAGAGAAUCUAUUGACAUCGAAUGUGGUUUUCCUAGUGAUUCAAGGUGCUUGGAUACUUUGCUCACGACAUUCUCUAGUGAAGAUCCAGAAACAUCGAUGGCGUCUACCGAAUCUCCAAAUCAAUUUUUAUUUCGUCCAGUGGCUUCAACUAGCCUGGACAAAGAUCCUCCUAGUGAUGAGUCUGUGACGACAGUCACUCCUCAAAAGGAUUUCACAGAGAACACCGGCAGCUUGAUACCAGGAACAGAAUCUUCUUAUAACCAGAGUGUGAGUUCUCAUACACAGAAAAGGAGGAAGACCAUGGUUUCCCCAGUAAUUGAUGUUUCUGACGAUGAACUGUCUGAUACAUCCAAUGCCCAGGUGGCAGGAUGUUCGAGUUUUAAGAGGAACUUAGAGAUAUUCAGAGAUUCUACUAGCAGGAUUGAAUUUGGUUUUGAGACUUGCUCUGCUGAACACCAUUCCAUGAAGAUGAAUUAUUCUCAGUCACUGGCAGUUGAUACCAAUGUUGUUAAAUAUAUUGUUAUGGACAAGAGAUUAAAGAUUUCUUGUUCACUUUGCAGAAGCCCCAUAGGCCUUCCUGAUAAUAAUCUGUAUCCAUACACGUUUCUGCUCUGUCUUCUUCCCGAUUCUUCUCCCCCGAUAAGCCCCCCCCAAGCAACCGACUCUCUCCCCUUGAAAACCCGGUGAGAUCUUGAUGAAAUUUCUCCUUCUCUCUUGCUUAAUCACAAGAUUUGGGGCGUAGAAUCUUCCCUCUCAACCCAGAAAUCCCGGAUCUGCUCUGCUUCUUCCUCCCUUGUCCGUUGGGUUCUGCUGGGUUUGAAUCCUUUGGCUUUUUCUGGUAAGAAGCAGCCUUGAAUUCAUCUUUUCAACUUUAAUGUGGCUUGCGUUUACCUUGAAUUGUGUUUUGGUCUUUGGAUUGAGGUAGCCGUGAGUUUCCCCUGAAUUUUCUGCACAUGCCGUCGGCUUCCUUCCCAGCCGGAACCGGCCUUUGCUUGCCUGAAAUUCUGGUAAGUUGCCGGCUCUUCCAAGUUUGAAUUACCCAUUUAAUUGCUGGGUUUUGUCCAUUAGUUGAUGCUCUGUGUUGUUCGAAUCUGCUGGGAUAGGGGAUGAAUUUGGUAGCUCUUUUGAAUGUGUUUUAAGCUUGAUUAUGUAGAAUUUAGCUUGAAUUAGCCGCUGUGAUGUUUUGUGUGAGAAAUCCCGUGUGUGUGAGUGUGAUUUGCCAAAGUCAUGCCCUCCAUGUGCUGCCUGUGAGAUUGGGGAAAUUUUGGUAGCUUUAAGCUAUGUUUUAAGUGUGGUUUAAGUAGGAAAUUAGCUUGAACUGGGUUGUUGUGAUUUUUGGAAAGAAAACCCCGUGAUUAGCUAGUGUUUUGGCUAAUGUUUGGAAGUGGCAGUACUGUUCACGUCGUGAGUACUGUUCACCGGGUACUGUUCACACACCGAGGGUUAAUGAUUAAUGGGGAUUUAAAGGUUUAGUUUGUGAUAUAAGAAUGAAAUUGGAGAUGUUCGGUUAUGUGGAGAUUGAUAGAAAUAGCACUGUGAUUGGGGGUAGUGUUGAUGAUGAUUUCA